UUCUCUAAUUGAAAUCCAAACAGAGAUCUGGGAACGUCUUUGGCCCUUCUCCCUCAUGGUCACCAUGAGAUCGGAGCUGACUUCUCCAUAAUACUCUCUCUCUCUCUCUUGAAUUGACGAAUUUAGGGUUUGAUUCGACCAACUCAAUUCACCGUAAUUUAUCUACUCAUCAGAGUCCAUUGAUCUCUCACAACGACUAUUUCAUCGCGUCCGUCAACCACUAAGUUGACGGAAACAUCACGUCAACUUCUUAUAUGAAAACCCACAGUGGUAUGCUGGAAACAUCUUGAACCAAUGUCAGUGGAGGGAGUGGAUGUUGGUGGGAUGCUGGAAAAUAAUGCAGAAGAUGGUGUAAAACCUGAUGAGCAGCUGAAUGGCAUGAGCCAGGAAAGUGGUGAAAGUACCGCCAAAGAGAAUGGCCAUCCAUCUACUAGUGAUACUCAAGAUCAUCUCGUACAAAUGGUUGUAGAUCUCAAUUUCCAGAAUGAGUACUUGAAGUCUCAGUUUGAGGUCUUGAAAAAUCUCCAUUCAGCAUCUAGUGAGUCUAACCAACAAAAAAUGGCAAUUGAGCGAGAUGGUGGGGUACUUGAAGAUGUGAAAGAGCUCCGUGAAAAGAUAGAAUCUUUGAGUAGAGAACUUCUGGAAGAAAAACAAACACGAGGUGCUGCAGAAGAGGCUUUAAAGCAUCUUCGAGCUGUAUAUUCAGAAGCAGAUGCAAAAUCCCAAGAGCUUUCUGCCAAGCUCGUUGAAGCUCAACAAAAGCUGGAAGAAGAAACAAAAGAGCGUGAUGAGAAGUAUUCAGAACUUGACUCCAAGUUCAACAGGCUUCACAAACGAGCAAAACAGCGCAUUCAAGAAGUUCAGAAGGAAAAAGAUGAUCUUGAGGCCCAGUUUCAAGAUCUGAAGGAAAAAGCCGAUCGAGCAUCAACUCAACAAUCAUCAUUGCAGCAAGAGCUGGAGCGCACUCGGCAACAAGCAAAUGAUGCACUGAAAGCUAUAGACGUGGACAGGCAACAACUAAGGAGUGCGAAUAAUAAACUUAGAGACAACAUUGAAGAAUUGCGCCGUUCUUUGGAACCGAAGGAAAAUGCUCUUGAGGCGCUACAACAGUCGCUUUUGGAGAAAGACCAGAUGUUGGAAGACAUGCGAGGGUUGCUGCAAACAGCAGAUGAAAAAAAGCAAGUUGCGAUAGCUGAGCUCUCUGCUAAGCAGCAGAAGCAAAUUGAGAGUUUCGAAGCCCAACUAGCUGAUGCAUUAGCAGAUAGAAGCAAAGCAGCCGAAACAAUUUCCUCUUUGCAGGGCCUGAUUGCUGAGAAAGAGUCCAAGAUUGCAGAGAUGGAUGCAGCUUCAAGCGGUGAAGCAGCGCGGUUUAGAGCUGCUAUGGAAAAUGUAAAAGGAGAACUUAUUCACCUGAAGCAAGAGCAUGAGAAAGAAAAGGAGAGUUGGCGAGGUACAACUCAGGCGCUCAAAACAAAGUUGGAGGUUGCUGAGAGUAACUGCAUACGUGCUGAAAUUGAAGCAGCUAAGCUGAGAAGUCAGCUGGAGCUAGAAUUGACUGUGCAAGCUCAGAUGCUAAGUACAAGAGAUGCUGAACUUAAGGCUGCAAAAGAGGAGAUCAACCGUCUUGAAACUGAAUUUGCUUCUUACAAGGUUCGAGCUCAUUCACUUUUACAGAAAAAGGAUUCAGAACUAGCUGCCGCUAGGGACAAUGAGCUACUCAAAGCGCAGGAGGAAGCACUAAAAGAGGCCGAGAAAGAAGUAUUGUUGAUAUCUUCCGAAAGGGAUAGGGCCCUUCAAGAGCUUCAGGAUGCUCUUGCUAAUCAUGAUAAAGAACUAGCUGACAGAGAUGAUGCUCUUAGCACUGCAGAGCAGCAAAUAAAGAGCAUGGAAAUGAAGCUGAAUUCUGCUAAUGCUCAAUACCACUCAGAGAAAAAGUCAUGGGAAAUAAACCUUCAGAAUUUGGAAGAAACUUGGCGAUUGAGAUGUGAAGCACUCAAGGCCCAAAAGGAAGUGAUUCCUGACCCUGACAUGCAAAUAGAAUUAGAAGACCUCAAGCAACGGUACAAAAAAUUGAAGGAAGAACACAACUCAUUUCGCGAUCUUGCUGAUAAAUUGAUUGAGGAGAAGGAUAGAGAGAUCUCUAGACUUAUGGACGACAAUAAGAAUCUUCAUAAACCAGUUCAAUUGAGACCACUGGCCGAGCGGGAUUACAGCUACACCGCAGCCUUCCAGAAACAGGAUGCAGCGGAUUCAAGCACCUCAGCAGCGGAACAGCAGAUUUUGGUUUUGGCAAGGCAACAAGCUCAAAGGGAGGAAGAGCUAGCACAAUCGCAGCGGCACAUCCUUGCACUUCAAGAGGAAAUUGAGGAGCUUGAACGUGAAAACCGUCUCCACAGCCAACAGGAAGCGCUGCUCAAGGAAGAGCUCCGGAACAUGGAAAGAAUGAAAAGGAGGGAAGGAGUAGAUAUGACAUAUCUUAAAAAUGUAAUCUUAAAGCUUCUUCAAACAGGUGAAGUGGAGGCUUUGCUACCUGUGGUUGGAAUGCUACUUCAAUUUAGUCCUGAAGAGAUCCAGAAAUGUCAACAAGCAUAUCGCAGUUCAAGGGAGGUCCCCCCAAGCCCAGCAAGUGACACUUCAAGUUCCGGCCUCUCUCUUUUCCCUAGAUUUUCAUUUUCUUGACCGCAGAAAAAUGGUGAAGGAAAUUCUUCCCUUCUGGGUAGUACAAUCUGCACUUUAGUAACGGCGACUAUGUUGGGCUCUUCUCUGACAGACUCGGAAGCAGAGGUGGGAGUUGCUGUGAUUCUUAUAUUCUUUUUGUAUCAAUAUUCACACUCUGUUACCAUCGUUGAGAUAUUGUAAAGAACUGAUGCGAUAGGAGGAAAAACACAACUGCAAUUGAGACAAACACCUCAGGAUUUUUUUUGUUUAUUUGCUUUUGGGUGUACUGUAAUGGCCCCAGAGGUUUUUGCUCUUCUUUUUCUUUUCUUUUCUUUUUUUUUUGAGUUUUUUUACCCAUGCUUUAUUUAUGGGAAAUAGAGGAAAAGGAUAAAGUAUCUGCAAUAGAUUAUAGAAUUAAUAAAUAUCUUUUUGAAGUUUCUUGUAA